AGAUCGUAGACUGGAUGCCCCGACCUGCCUUCAGGCUUGAAUAUCUAUUUUAAAGACAGCUUUACGAAGUCUGAUUUAAAUUUCAUGCACAAACUCUGACGUCUGUUUGAGGUUCAAGUUUUCCAGUGCAAAACAUGCUUCAGGGUUAUUAUAAUUUUUGCAAGAAUCUACGAGCUGCUAGAGUUAGAAAAAUAACAGCGUAAUCUGCUCUGUUAAUUUUCAGCCCAAGGACUGUCAACAGUGCAACGAGUUCUCUUCUGUGGACUAAGUUGCGUCAGUCACGUCUUUUGCACGUGGGAUAAAUGUCUCUAAAGAUCCUAAGUGUCGAUUGAUCGUUGUUGAUAUUUCAUCAUAAAAAUCGCCAACUUUACAAAAAUCGACACUUAUCUCAAGGAAAUAUUAAGUGACAGGAUACAAGCUAAAUUUUAGCAAUCAGUUUCUCUCAACUAUUACUGUGAUUUAUACAUGUAUAUAGUUCAUUGCCUGUGACAUAUUUUCCGGUUAAAUUUUAGACUCAUGUAAAACAGAAUGCCUGCCGUGCUUUGACGGAAAUUUACGGCGAAAUGAACUUCGACCAAUCUUCAAGUGCUCAAAUUAGUGAAAUUUACGAAAAAGGAUUUGCUCAGUUUUGGAACUUUGUCCCCUUAAGCUUUUAUUCAAAGGGUUGUCGUCAGUGAAUCCAGUUUUUGACCCAAAAAGCAAGGUAUUUUCACUAAUCCUUCUGUUGAAGACGCGUCACUUAGCGAUCAACAUCCAUAUAUCAUACACCGCUUGAAAAAUUCGGAGUCAGAAAUUUAGCUUGCUGUGUCAACGCUGAACUUUUUAAGCUGAUGUAGAAGUUCUUUCACCGAUCAUUCUGUCGAAGAACUGUCAUCUGGUAAAUCAAGUAUAUCAUACUGUGUUCCAUUUGAAAAGUUCAGAAACAUCUAUUAGUGUCACUACAUUCACAUUAUACUUUCAGGACUGAUAACUAGUCGAAGGUACUUUUACAAAUCUUACUGUUGAAGAACUAUCAUUCGUGAAAUCAAAUAUCAUAUUAUAUUCAAUUUGAAAAAUUCAGAAUCAUCCAUUAAAUUCACUUCAUUCACGUUAAACAUUUAUAACUGAUGUCACGUUAAGCAUUUGGAACGAACAUCGUCAAGGGUGCAAACAUUCUAGCGACAAAACUUUUUCAAAUGUGUGCAAAACUCAUUACUUGAAAUUAUUUUUAUCUUUCUGAUGCAAAAGCUGUCAAUUAUUGUCACAAAUGAUUGAUUUAAACACUUGCACCAUCAUCCAGUACAAGCACUAUCAAUUAUGCAUCUCAAGCAAUAAACUUUUAAAGAAGAAACAUCAGUGAAAAUUCUCCAUAAACUUCUUGUCUUCAACUUUUUGGACCAAAGUUGAAAAGUUCCUGCAAACAUCUGACCUCUUAUUAGCCAUUAAAGUCCCUAAAUUCUUCGCUGAGGUAAUAAUUGAUCAUUAAGCUAUUAUUCAUUAUUAGACUCAUAUAUAUUUUUUGGUAAUGAUAAUAAUGCUGUCCAUGUCUGUUUAUUAGUCAAAAAUUGUAUAUUCUCCUUCCCGUCAUAGUGUUCUUCACUGAGUAGCAGUUUCCAACUUCAACUUCGUAUUCUAAUAUUAUUUUUUAAUUUAUAAUUGUGUGCACGAUUUAGAGGUUCUUCCAAACAUAUUAAAGAAGCUUAUCGAUCUGUUUCUUUCAAAUAAUCAAGUGAUUUCAUACACUGAUUGGGUAUCAAUCAAAAAAUAGAUCCAAGUGCCAAAUCGAAAUUAUUUUGGAAAUUCAGAAAUGCGUACAGAGUAUAUUGAAUGAUGUUGCGUUGAAAUUCAAGAUUUAAUAAAGGUGCGUACGCUGCAAAAAAUUAGAAAGCAAACAUUUAACCGUAACUUUUCAUAAUAAAACUUUGACUGCAAACCAGUAAUUCAGUUUCAUGUUAAAUGGUGUUUAUAAAAAACCAUUUCUUCAAAUUCUAACAGCUGAGAGACAUUUAAUUCUUUGAAAUAUGAUUUCUCUUGCAUUUGAAAUUAAACUAUGUUUCUGGUCGGUGAUAUUGCUCAUUCUUAUUUUGCCUUAUACGAUAUCAGAGCAUCGUAAACUCAUCCCAAAAUGCUCCAACUCCUGUCUAAAUCCAGAUAGCGUUAGACCAUUGAAUUGCUUCUGUGACAUUAAAUGUUCCAUGAUCUACAAUGACUGCUGCUUGGAUGCACCGUACAGAAUGUUCAGAGUUAACAACAAGCGAUGGCACAACAACCACUGCUUGUUUGUCCACGGGGAAAACAAGCACUUCUGGAUGGUGGACACCUGUAAGGAUACCUGGUCGGGACACGAGUAUAUACGUGAGAAGUGCGAAAAUCAUGACGCCUUCAGCAACGACAUCAUGACUGCCAUCCCAGUGACGAGUCCAUCAGAAGCUGUGACGUACAGAAACUAUUACUGUACUCUGUGCAAUGAAGAAGAUGCCGAAAACCUAUUGGAAUGGCGGGUGAAGGCUCUGUGCAGGAAUGAGUCCAUCACUGAAGCAGAUGUUCAACAAAACUUGACCUUCGUCGAAGAUAGGCAACAAUGGGGUGUGUGGAAGAAUGGUGAUCUCGAAUUCCACGAUUGUUUCUUAUUGUUCCAAAGGCCUCCAGGUAUCGAUGAUGGCAUCAGGGAAUGUGUUUCAGGAAUGGUAUCUACUUGCCCCUCUUCGUGGAAAAAUAUUGUGGUACGCAGAAAAUGCAAGUCAUACGUAGAUCCCAUAAAGUUUCCUGAUAGUCCUGUGUACAGAAAUAUCGACUGUGCUGUUUGCCACAACAAAACGAAAGAAGAUUUCAGGUGUGUCCACGAUGUCACCAAAGGUUCCAGUGCUGUUAUGUUGGACAGAGCGUUUUUAGUAGAUUUGAGUGCUACUGGACAGUGGCUGUGAUUGACAGUAGAAGAAAUUAGGUUUUUCCAUGAUGUCCUAAAACGUUUGUUACUUUAAGCAGUGGUGUUACCAAAUAUUGUAUUAAUGUCAGUGUAAAGUGGAUCGAGUAAACUUUUGACUAAGCAACUUUUGUCAUUCUGGUGAUUAAUUCACGAAAAUAUUCCUUUGGCAAAGCAAUAAAACUAUUAUUUGGCAACAAUUAUGCACACAUUCAGUGAUGCGAUUUAGCAGGUACGCAUCUACCAGUUUGCAAAGAUCUGCUCACCGGUUGUAAAAAAUGCACAAAUGAUUUGAAAUGGCAUGUAGUU